GAGUUACCAGAAACCACAAGAGAGAGCGCGCAAGCCCCAAGCGGGCGACAUGUCCCUGUGGGGAGCAGUCCUUCUGCACCCCAGAGAGAGCAGGACGCAGGGUCGGAGGUGGCUGCAGGGCAGGCAGGGGACACACCUGCAGGGGGUAGAGGGCUGGUGGCCUGACAGCAGCCAGGAAGGGAGGCCCGCGGUGACCAGAGAGCCCAGAGGUGCCCGGGGCUGCGUGUGGGAGCCGGAAGAGCCCAGCCAUGCCUCACAGCUCCGACAGCAGCGACUCCAGCUUCAGCCGCUCUCCUCCCCCUGGCAAACAGGACUCAUCCGAUGAUGUGAGAAAAGUGCAGAGAAGGGAGAAAAACCGCAUUGCCGCCCAGAAGAGCCGGCAGAGGCAGACGCAGAAAGCUGACACCCUGCACCUGGAGAGCGAAGACCUGGAGAAGCAGAACGCAGCUCUGCGUAAAGAGAUCAAGCAGCUCACGGAGGAGAUGAAGUUCUUCACCUCAGUGCUGAGCAGCCACGAGCCCCUGUGCUCCGUGCUGGCUGCUGGUACGCCCACGCCCCCCGAGGCAGUGUAUGGUGCCCACGCCUUCCACCAGCCCCACGUCAGUGCCCCGCGUUUCCAGCCCUGAACUGCACUCUGGAGGAAUGUCCACAGGCCUUGGGAGGGGCCCAGACUGUGGCCAGGCCACCCAUCCC